GACAAAAAUGGGCAACGGCGAGAACAUGCCCCAUCCACCCCUCGCCGCCGCCCUCGACAAACUGCCGUUCACAAACGCCGGCACCGUCUCCUCGUCUGACGUCUUCACAAUGCGUCCUGUCCCGUCCAUCUACCUCGAGCCCGAGGCGCCGAGGCGGGCGCGGUGGGCGUGGGCAGAGGGUCCCAUUACGCCGUUCAAGCAGUUCUCGUACCUGUACGCUGAAGCCAACGCGACGCCGCCUACAGGCAUGCGCUCGGCGCCGCCUCUCGGCGGCCUGGGCUCUGGCACGGUCGAGCUUCGCGCCGACGGCUCGUUGCGCUCGUGGACGAUCGAGAAUGCCUCUCCGGCCGGGAGCGCAAAGACCGGGCUGCUCGACGAGGCGGCGUUCGGCUACCGGCUCGGAGGCGCUCCAGCGCGGCUGCUGCGCACGCACCCUCCUGCGGGGCUCCCGGGCGUGGAGGGGAUCCGGUUCAGCGGCGCGACGCCGUUCACUCGGCUCGCCCCGACUGACUCUGCUCUGCCCGCCGGCGCCAACCUUCGCCUCUACGGCCGCUCGCGCUGGCGGCUGGGAGACCGGUCCGCGUCCGCCGUGCCCGCGGCCGGCUUCACCCUCGUCGCGACCAACCCGACCGGCCGGCCGCUAGCGCUCUCCCUCCUCUUUGUCUUGCCAGUCCAGGCGUCCUGCGCGGCGUGGUCCUUUGUCAACGCGACGCGCCGCUGCACGCGCUUCGCAAACUUCUCCGCCGUCCCGCCGGCGGCCAACUCUGCGUCGCCGGCCGACGGCGCAGGGGUUUCGCUCUGCGGCGCGGGCGAGGGCGGCGCUGCGGCGGCGGAAGUCUCCUUUGGAACCGCCGGUUCGCUCGUCGCCCUGUGGCGAUCCUUUGCGGAGGCGGGGCGCCUCGACGGCGCGAUGGGAGGCUCGCACGGCGGUGCGGUAGUGCGGCUAGUUGUCGCGCCGCACGGUACGGCGAGUGCAACGGUGAGCCUCGGCUGGUACUUUCCGGCGCGCGACUUUAUGGGCGGGCUGGUUGGCAACUUCUACGCCUCCUCGAGGCUCGUGCUCGGCUCCGAGGAGGCGGCGCGCACGCUGCUGCCGGGCAGCGAGGCGGCGGCAGACGUGCGCGGCUGGGCUUCCUUCGCGGCGACCCUCUCCUCGCCGUCGAGCAGCCUGCCGGCCUGGCUUGGCGACUCGCUGCUCAACUCCCUCCACCACACGCGCUCGGUGAUGUGGCUCGCCGACGGGCGGCACAUCCCGUACCUCAUGCUCUGGCCCGACGCGCUUCCGUCCAAGAUGCGCGCCUGGGCCGCCGGCGCCAUGCCGGAUGGGAUGAUCCAGGAGCAGCUUGCGCUCGACGCGCCGUGCGGCCGCGUGAUGGGCGACGUGAGCUCGAUGUUUGUCGUCUACCUGCUCGAGUGGUGGCGGUGGACAGCCGAUGAGCCGAGCGCCGCAUCCCUCGUCGUCGAGAUGUGGCCGGCCGCGCGGGCGGCGGCGAGGUACGACGGGCUUCGCCUCUCGCGCUACAACGUCUCCUGCUUCUCCGCCCUAUUCCACCUCCUCGCGAUGGCCGCCGCGCGUGAGCUCGCCCUCUCGCCCCCCGUGCGGGACGCCGCCUUUGCCGCCGAGUGCGACGCCGCCCUCGCGCGCGGCCGCGCCGCGAUGGACGCGCUGCUCUGGGUCGAGGGGGGAGGCUACUACCGCAGCUACACCGGCGGCGAGGCGCUCAUGUCCGACUCGCUCUACGCGCAGGUCCUCGCCGAUACGCUCGGGCUCGGCGCACUCACUUCCGACGCGCAGGUGACUCGCCACCUCGCCGCCGUCCUCCAGCGGAACGACUCGCCCUACGGCCUCCUCUGCCAGACCGGCCGCUACCCGCUGCCUGCCGGGGCGGGCGCGGACAACUCGAUCUGGAUGAUGGCCAACCCCAACUGGGCGUCGCUGAGCCUGCGGCGCGGCGGCGACCCGCACAAGGCCCUCUCCGUUGUCAACAAGACGUUCGGUUGGGUGCGUGACGCGCUUGCCGACCAGUGGAACGUCGUCGCCGUGUACGGCGGGCUUGGCUACGGCGCCGAGGGCCUCCCCGCCGCCAACUCGCACUACGGGUACCAUCUCGUCGCGUGGCACUUGCUCUUCGCCCUCACCGGCCAGGUGUACUCUGCCCGCUCGCGCUCGCUCACGUUCGCGCCCGCGCUGAGGGGCCGGUUCGAGCUGCCCGUGCUGGUUCCUGCUGUGGCGGCGACCCUCUCGCGCGGCAGCGACGGUGAGUGCACGCUCGCGGUGGCGGCGGCAGGCUCGGCGAGCCUCGUGCUGCACACGCUCUCCGUCGACGGCGUAGCGCCACCGGCGGGUGUCUUGCCGGUCAAGCUGGCUCCUGGGCAGAGGGUGUCGUGGGGCGGCGGCGCUGGUGCGCGCACGAAAGUCACUCUUUCGUCUUUGAAACCUGUCGAUUAA